GUGGGCAUUUGGCGCGAACGCCGCCGGCGCCGCGGCGUGGCCCCACCAAUCCACCAUACGGUGGGCGGCGACAAAGGCGACGCGGCGUGUUUCCGUUUCACGGCGGGGUAAGAGUAAAACCGCCCAAAAACACCGGGAGGCAGCGGCAGCCACCGGCUUGGCUGGUGAGGAGUCGAUGACGCGGCGGGGGACGGCGACCUCGCGAGUCGCGACCCGGUGCCCAAAGAAUAAAAAAAAAAACCCGCGGUAUACCUAGCUCCAUUCCUCACUCCUCCCCCGCAUCUCACCUCACCUCACCUCCCGAUAAGGCACGAGGAGACUAUCUCCUCCCCCUCCUCCUCCUCUCCCCGCCGACGACCCCGCCGAGCUACAUCUCCGCCGUGCUGAUCGCGUGGAGCCGAGGAGAGGAGCGGCGGCCAACGCUACGAGGAGAGGAGAGUGGGGGAGGGGAGGGGAGCGAGCCUUAUCUUACCCGCUCCGCCGAAGCCUAUGGACUCGGAGCACUGGAUCUCGCGCCUGGCCGCCGCCAAGCGGUUCUACGCCGCGCAGCUCGGCCACGCCGAUCGAGCGGGGAUGGAGGAGGUGGACAUGGACGAGGAGGUGAGGCCGGAGUUCGCGUGCCCCUACUGCUACGAGGACCACGACGUCGUCUCCCUCUGCGCGCACCUGGAGGAGGAGCACCCCUUCGAGCCCCAUGCGGCGCCUUGCCCUAUAUGUUCUGAUAAGAUUGCAAAAGAUAUGCUUAAUCAUAUCACUGUGCAACAUGGGUACUUGUUCAAGAAUCGUCGCAGGUUGCGCAGAUUCGUUAUUCCAGGCAGUCAAGCCCUAUCUUUGCUGAGUCGAGAUCUACGUGAAGCCCAUUUGCAGGUGCUUCUGGGAGGUGGGGGACAUAGGUCAAACAACAGCAGCAACACAACAAAUAUUUCAGCUGACCCUCUUCUGUCAUCGUUUGGCCUUAGCUUUCCAACAUCAGACACAGAGGAAACAUCAAAACCACCUAUUUCCAUUCCAGAUGAUGCAUCUGUGAUAAAAGAGACACCUGCUCAGCCAUGGGAUUCAAGUAUUGACUCAUCCCUCACAAGGGAAGAAAGGGAACAGAAACGGAAGCAAGCGAGUGUCAGAGCAACAUUUGUGCAAGACCUGCUGCUCACUACUUUAUUUGGAGAUUAAUAAAUCAAGAUGAGCCUAAGUAGUCGAUAGAUGCAUGGGUAAAUCCUGGUGCAUAUUUGCAUAGAUAAGUGCCCGGUCAAAUUGCUGAAGGUAAUAUCCAUGGCAGAUAGGCACGCUUCUGCGGCACCAGGCGUCGUUUCCUCCCGUAAGGUGCAGAGUUGAUGUGGGCACGGGGGCAUCUUAAGUGUUAUUGUAGCCGGUCUGUAAUCUGUAUCUCCAGUUCCAUAACAAUCCGCGAUCAGCAUACGAUACACGUAGCAGAUCGCGGUUGUGUUUGUAGCGCUUCUAUGUUUAGAAGCAUUGGUUUCUUGUACCAACGUAAUAAUUAUGUUACGGGACAGCAGAAUGGUAUGCAGUUUGUCUACUUCUGUGAGAGUAUAAUAAACCAAGUUUACAACUGGUUGGUUUUGGAAGAUUAUGCUGUAAGAUGAAGCAUCUGUAACGUGUUGUACGUGAUGGUAUCACUUGUACCGUGCCACUGCAUGACGCUGUAACAGUCUUAUGGAAUGGAUCGAUACAUGGGGGAUGGGGGGUGUUUA